AUGGGAAUUAUUGACAAAAUUACGGAAAUAGCAAAGAAUUCAGAGACGCAGAACAGGAGUACGGAGAAGAAAGACGGAAAAGUGGUUUCAGAAACAGGCUCUGGCAAGGCUACAGAGGAGAGAACUCCCUCUGUGGGACCCACUGCAUCAAACUCAGACGCUGCAGCACCUUCUGAGCCCCCGAGGGAAAUGGACGUUAUAGACAGAAUAUCCAGCAGAAAAUCCCCGGGGAAGGCGAUACGGCAGAAGCUAGUUGAAGAGAACUCUGUUGAGCUGCACAGGAGCAGCACGGGAGUGGCUGGAGGCCUCGGACUCUCUGGGGAGAUGAAGAAAGUCGUUGAUCCAACAGCCUCCAGGGAGAAUCCCCCAGAGAAAGAUGUGAUGUCCCUCGUAAAUCGAGGGAGUGAAGCCGUGGAUCUUGGGAAAAUGACGAGUCUCCAGGGAGGAAUAGAGAACAAAAUGGGCGCUGAGGAUAUAAACCGAGGGAAAAUACGAGAGCCCGUCCACUCCUUCAAAAUAGCAGGCGGAGUUGGCGCUGAAAUUGGCGAAAGCAUCAAAAGAACGAAGCACACGGACAUUCCGAAGGAGCAGGUUAAGCCCCUCGUUGUUGAUACGAACUCUGGAAAGUCCCGGAAGGAGCAGAAGAUCCCAGAGGAAAAGAGGCAGGACACGUCCUUCGUGGAGAAGAAGAAAAAAGACAAAACCCACGCGGAAAGUGCUGGGUUCGCCCCCAGAGAAAACGCCCAGCCCACACCAGAAAAGGCAGCAGGCACUGCCUCAGCUAUUGGAAACUCUACUAUUGGUAAUUCUACCAUGAACAACCCGAAUUCUACUAUUGGAAACUCUACUAUGAAUAAUUCUACUACUAUGAAUAAUUCUUCUGCUAUGAACAACUCUUCUGCUAUGAAUAAUUCUACUAUGAAUAACCCGAAUUCUACUAUGAACAAUUCAGUUGGUAAUUCUACUAUGAAUAAUUCUACUAUGAAUAACUCUACUAUGAAUAAUUCAGUAGUUGGCAACUCUACUUCUAUGAAUAACUCAGUAGUUGGCAACUCUACUACUAUGAACAAUUCUUCUAUGAAUAAUUCAGUUGGUAAUUCUACUAUUGGAAACUCUACUAUGAAUAAUUCUACUUCUAUGAAUAAUUCUACUACUAUGAAUAAUUCAGUAGUUGGAAACUCUACUUCUAUGAAUAACUCAGUAGUUGGCAACUCUACUACUAUGAAUAAUUCUUCUAUGAAUGAGCCAUCGAUUGUCCGAGAGACGUAUGAAAGAACCACGACAGAAGAGGCAGUUCCAAUAACCCGGAAUGAAGCUGCUGCUUUGGGAGUGGCUGCAGCAGGAGCAGGAGUACUCUCUGCAGGAAGUGGGCGGAGUGAUAAUCCCGCUGUAAAUGGCGCAUCUGCACCUGAAAUUUCAACUGAAAAAGUACCUGAAACUGCCAGCAAACCUAAUCCAGGGCCAUCCGAUGGAAAUUCUGCCUCUUCCAGCAGAAGGUUCGAGACCAAGCCAGAAUGCACCGAGACAAGCGGCCUGGGAGUGGACAGGAAGAACGGGGAUAUACUAUACGAGGCUGACUUGUACAAGAAAAAGUACUUCCUCCAGUUUCUGUGGACCAAGAGACACUUCACUCUCUCGAAAGACGGGAUUAUGAAGUACUACAGAGCCCCCAGCUCAAAAAGAAGGGGGGAGUACGACAUAGACGAGUACUUCGUCUCUUUCAAGGGAACUGAGAAAAAGGGAGGAAAAUAUCCCUACAGAAUCUCCCUCGUAAGCGACAAGCAGGACGAGCUGGGGUUUGAAACAAAAGAGGCCCGGGAUGAGUUCUUGUACUGGCUAAAAAAGUCCGUGGGGUAG